CUGAAGGUCAAAAUGUGGCGGCGUCUAUCAAAUUCAGUCUUAAAGUCGCUCUUAAUUAAAAGGGGAUUUAGUGACUUAAAAGUCUCUGUAGUCUUUUAAGGUAAUAUGAGCAAAAACAUCCUGUGUAACUUAAUGCCAAUAUUCAUUUGCUAUGUCCAAACGUUAUAAGAAAGAGAAAAUUGUAGGAGAUACUGGUUAUAAUGGACCAUAUAGGUUUUCUAAUUCCCUUUAUGCUAGAAAGCAUCAAAGUCAGCAUUCAACAGAACAGUCUAACUUCGAGAGAAAUGAUAAUAAUAUUGAUGAAACACAUCUCCAUGAACCACCUGCUUAUUUACAUUUGCCACCAUCAUUCAUUCCACAGAUGAAUCAUCCUAAUUUUAACAGUAAUAACAAUGAUGAUUGUAGUUCUACUAAUAAACAUCAAUCCCAGGGUGUCGUGGAAAAAGUAGUGUUUCGUUUGGUGAAAUAUUUUGAAAAACCACCGAACAAUGGGUCACACGAGUACACUAAUUGUGAUUACUUACACAGUAAUUCAACACUCGAAGAACGUCCACUUAUUUGUGAUCAUGAUGAAAUUAAUAGUCAUCAUGCUCAUUCAACAGUAGCAGGUGCUUCAACAUCACCAACUACUGAUGAUGGCGGUAAUUCAACAACGUCUACUUCCAUUAAUCCAAAUGAAGUUGAAGAUUGGAUGCGACGUCGAUUGUAUUAUCAUUUUAUGACACCCGUUGGUAAAUUUCAUGCUAAACGACGUAUACCAUGCAAACUAUUCAUUCAAAUACUCAAGGUGUUGUUAGUUACGAUCCAGUUAAUUGAAUUUGGAUUUUAUCGUGCAGCUCAUGUAUCAUUUGGUGAUGUAUCACAUAAAGCAUUUUGUCAUUUAUAUUUACGUCAAUGGGAUUCACAAUAUGAAACAUUAGAUUAUCCACCGGCGACUGGUGAUUAUGCUGUGUAUACAAUUGAAGAUUUUUAUCAACAUAUUGGUUAUACAAUUACUCAGUUUAAUAAAACCGAAGAAUUAGCCAUUGGUGGUUAUAUGUUUGAUUCAGUGAAUCGAACAAUGAAAUUAUGCAUGAGACAUAUAUCUCCUAUUGCAUUACAAAAUAAACAUCCUCCUGGAAUGUUUCCUGUGUCAUAUAGAAGUGAAUUAGAAAAUUGUACAUCUAUUGAAGUGAAAAAUAUUGAUUUGGAACAAUUCAAUGAUGUGAAUUCAAUUAAAACAUUUUUACAAGGUCAUCAAUUAGAUGUUAAUUUUAAUUAUUUACUUGGAUUCGAUAUUGAGUUCAAUUUGUUUUCUCCACCGAUUUAUCAGUUGGAUUGGACACAAAGUACUAAAUGUUAUCGUUUUAUGAUUAAGAUCUCUUUAGAAAAUCCAUCACAAUCAGGUCAAAUGAAAAUUAUCCUACGUGCACCUUAUGCUUCGAGUUCAUGUGAUGACAUUCCGAAACAAUUACAUCAUCACACUGAUUUCGAUUCGUUACAUCAUCAACGUCAUCACCAACGUCAACAUCAACAACAACAACAACAUAUGUCAUCUUCAUCAAUGAAUCACACUAAUCGUAGUACUACUACUGACGGUACUCCUCCUCCUACUACUACUACUCCCACUCCUAAUGCUACUGCUACUCCUAACACAUUUACACAACAAGAACAACAGCAAUUGACAAUGUUAUCGAAUGAGAAAAAGAACAAAUUAUUAAUUCAGUUUUGGGAUUCACUGAAUUCCACUACUACUACUACGACUACUACGACUACGACUAUUUUGACAAUGGAAAUGAAAAUCAUUCUUUUCACCUCAUCGUUCGACUCUGAAUUCUUCGGAAAGUUUGAUAUCGUUUUCAAUGCUUUGGAUAAUCUUGCUGCACGAAAACAUGUCAAUCGUUUGUGUAUCUCAGCUAAAGUUCCUUUAAUUGAAUCCGGUACAGCUGGUUACUUGGGACAAGUUGAACCAUUGUUACCUAUGAUUGAAACAAACAAUGAAUCACAGACUGCUGACACGCAAACAAAUGAAGCGUCAGUUCAUCGUACCGGAUGUUAUGAAUGUCAACCACGUGGUUUAGGUCAACGUCAUUAUCCAGCUUGUACAAUACGUAAUACACCAUCGGAACCGAUUCAUUGUGUUAUUUGGUCAAAGUAUUUAUUCAAUCAAUUAUUUGGUCAACCCGACGCGGAUGAUGAAGACGUGUCACCAGAUUUCACUGAUCCAAAUCUACACAAUCACAAUCAUACUAAUAAUCAUCAAGCAAAUGACAAGGAGGAGUUAUCCCCAGUUAAAAAUAAUCAUCUUACUAAUCAAUCUGGUGAUAUACUCCAUACAGAAGAUGAUGCAGGAGUUCAUUCUGAUUCAAUGAUGAAAUCGAAACAAAUUACUUUAAGAGAAUGGUUUCAUAAUUUAUGGUCUAAUAAUAAUAAUAAUAAUAAUAAUAAUAAUAAUAAUAAUAAUAAUAAUAAUAAUAAUCAUAAUGGCAACAAAGAUCAGUCUAAUCUAGUGAAGGAUCAUCUAUCAUCAGCUGCCGUUUCAUUAACAUGGCGAUUAUUUCAUCAUGAUAUUGUUACAUUAGUUAGUAUGCGUGAUUUAUGGAUCGACCGACAAGAUCGUCAAGAACCAACACCGUUGGAGAAGACUACGCUAAACGAUGCAUUGGAUAAUAAUUCAGAUGAAUGCGUGGAUUCCACUUCUUCCAAUGGAUUACGUGAUCAACGUACAUUAUCUACAUCAGGUUGGCUUCGUAUUUUCUUAAAAUCUGUUGACAAACUACAAAAACGUAUCGAUGAGAAUGUUAACAGUGGAGAUACAUAUUUAGUAUGGGAUAAGGAUGAUCAAGAAGCUAUGGAUUUUGUUGCUAGUGCGUCGAUUAUUCGAUCACAAUUAUUUCAUUUACCUGAUGCAAAUGAAUUAACACGUUUUAUGAUUAAAUCAUUAGCUGGAAAUAUUAUACCAGCUGUUGCAUCUACAAAUGCUAUUGUUGCUGGUCUAAUGGUAUUACAAGCUAGACAUAUUCUGUCAAAACAAUAUGAGCGUAUUCGUACUGUCUAUUUACAUCGUCAACCGACCGCUGGUCGUCGUGGUAAUCGUCGUCUUGUUGUACCUGUUGAACCGGCACCACCAAAUCCAUCUUGUUUUGUAUGUAGUGAUUCAGUGAGAAAAUCUCAGUUACAUUUACUUUGUGCACCGGAAUUAAUCACAUUACGUAUUCUACGUGAUCGUAUACUCAAACAUUAUUUAGGUAUGCUUGCACCCGAUGUAGAAAUACCUGAUCGUGGCAUUAUUUUGAUAUCAAGUGAAGAAGGAGAAACUGAUGAAACAACAUUGAAUAAAACAUUAGCUGAUUUCAGCCUAAUCCAUGGUACUUGUUUACAUUGUGAUGAUUUUCGUCAAGAUUUCACUAUUCAACUGAUUUUAUCCUGUAUUAGUGUUGAAUUAGCUAAUCAGUUAUCGUCUACUACUCCUCCUCAUUCAUUGCCAUUGCCAUUAUCCACUGCCGCAUUCAAUAUGAAUAUCAGUAAUGAAGAACAACAAUUGGAAACAUGGAGAAUUAUUGGUGAUAUGAAUACUGUAUUAUCGAAUUGUAAAGAUCAUGUAUCAGUUGAGAAAAAAGCUAAAUAUGAGAAUGAUGAAAAUGAUACAGAAAAAUCUAUUGAUAAUAAUGAUUUAAUUGAAAUUGAAAUAGAAACUCCUGAAAAUUUAAACAAUAAUGAUAUUACUACUAGUACUACUACUAACAACAAUAUUAUAAGUAGUAUCACAACAAAGAGUGGUAAACGUAAAUUUCUCGAUACCACAACAUCAACAACAACAACUGGUAGUAGUCGUAGUGAUACUGAAGAUAAUUUUAUGCCUAAUAGAACGAAAGAGAAAAAGCUACGUCUGGAUGAAGAGUCGAAAAUAACAACGGCCACACCAACAUCAUCAUCAGCAUCAUCAUCUCCUAUCAUCAUGAUAUCCAUGGCUGACAAUGACGCCGAGGACGAUAACGACGAUUUAAUCCUUAUUGAGUGA